UGUUGUUCCGGUUUUGAUCAUCAGAGCGCCUUUCUGCGUUUGCUUCAUACGACAAUCUGCGUGUUACAUCCUGCUGACAACACUCCUCUCUUUUUUCCCUUGCUCACUGCUGGUCUCUGCAUUGACCGACCCGUUCCUUUCUUAAUACACUCUUUUGUUAAUCCAUUUAGAACGACAGACAUCAUUUCUCUUGUGAUAAUUCUCCAUGGCCGACAACGCUCUCCCGAAGACACGCCCUCUCGCUGGCCGACCGCCAUUUGCUACUGGCGAUGAUGAGCAUAUUUGGGACCUCCCUGCCCCUCGGAGACCCCCUCAGCCUCAAGAGCCUCCAAACACUCACCGAGACUCGACAUACGACGCAUAUGACCGGUACCUCAACCCUGGGGAUGGUGAUGAGAGCAAGCGUGACUCUGGCGCCGCCUUUGGAGUGGGCAUGGGCUUGAUGGGUGAUAUCUCCGACGACUCGGACUCUGAAGACGACGAUUUUCGAAAGCUAUCAGCCACUAAUGGAAAGAAUCGAGCGCUUUAUGAAGCGGCAACAAAGACUCAAUCCCAACCAUUGGCGCUGACACAAGUCGGAAAUGUACAGCUUGCUGAUCCCACUGGGAAGACACGCAAGGCCCCCGGUCCUGGGAAUCCACCACCUGUUCAGACGCUUCCUUCAGAGCCACACCGAAAGCUUCAGCCUGCAGGGGAGAAUUCAACACCCUCCCCAUCAACACCUGCUCCUCCAUAUACUUUACGAGGGAUGCCCAGGAAACCCGAGCCAGGUCCUGGAAUACGUAUCGACGUACCCCCUGUAUCUGUCACUCUCGACCAGUCCUAUUCACCCCCUCCCCCUCCUCCGGCCCGCCCUAUCGAUCCUAACCGAGCUCGAUCCCCGAUGCCUGCGCCGAUUCCACAACCUGCGCGUCCUGUUCCUGCGUUCAUGAUCCCUUCGAGCCCAGCACCCUCCAUCGGCUCAGGUGGAUCAUACUCACCUACGCCUGGUCGUGUGGCCUUGCCGAUGUCUCCUGUGACUCCUCAUCCGUUACCACCUUCGACGCCAAUAACGCCCCUCUUCGCCGCUCCUCCUUCAGCCCUGAGCACUCCCAUCAGCGUGAAGUUUCAAGAAAAGGACUCGUUGCCAAUAAUGAGGGGGAAUUCUGAAGACGCGCUACUAGAACGGUCCCCCAACACCGGGGGCAAAGGAAAGACAGGAGACGACUUCUGGAGAAGAUUCAGUAUGGUUGCGCAUGAGGCUGAGGUCAACGCCAACCGAAAAGAGCCUUCAAGCACAUGGUUAGCGAGGACGCAAGCGAAAACUCGCACUAUGUCUCGCUGGGUUUGGGUUAUUGGUAUCAUAGUCUUUUGCGCAGCCGCUGCAGGAAUUGGCUUUGGUGUGUACUUCGGGCACAAACGGCCUGCCCACACAGACCCCGUCGCCUUCGGCGGUAAAGAGGAUAACAGUAUGGUGCCUACUCUUACGUCUAUUUCAACGAAGAGGAAAGGUCCGAGUCACACAAGCACAACUGCUGGGCGUGGCGGGACCCCGGUUCCGAGAUCAAUUGUCAAUGAACCAUUCGCAGUGACCACCGGUUUGUCGCAGAUGGCGCCGGCUGCUGUGUCCGUCAGGAGGCGUCAUCAUCAUCAUCCCAACCACCGGCUCCACCAAGGCCCUCGAUAGAACACGCUAUUUUGUUCUAUUAUAACGUCCUAGAAUCCGUU